CGCUCGCGGCCACUGCUGCUGCGCUCCCGCCUCGCUCAGCCGUCUCUCCCGCCGGUCUUUAUCACCGCUUGUCCGCGCCAUGGGUCGACAGAAGGAGCUGGUGUCCCGCUGCGGGGAGAUGCUCCACAUCCGCUACCGGCUGCUUCGCCAGGCGCUGGCUGAGUGCCUGGGUACCCUCAUCCUGGUGAUGUUCGGCUGUGGCUCUGUGGCCCAGGUCAUUCUCAGCAGGGGCACCCACGGUGGUUUUCUUACCAUCAACCUGGCCUUUGGCUUUGCCGUCACCCUGGGUAUCCUCGUCGCUGGCCAGGUCUCUGGGGCCCACCUGAACCCUGCUGUAACCUUCGCCAUGUGCUUCCUGGCCCGUGAGCCGUGGAUCAAGCUGCCCAUCUACACCCUGGCUCAGACGCUGGGAGCCUUCCUGGGUGCUGGGAUUGUUUUUGGGUUGUAUUAUGAUGCAAUCUGGAACUUCGCCAACAAUGAGCUUGUAGUCUCGGGCCCCAAUGGCACAGCUGGCAUCUUUGCCACCUAUCCCUCUGGACACUUGGACAUGGUCAAUGGCUUCUUCGAUCAGUUCAUCGGCACGGCCUCCCUUAUUGUGUGUGUGCUGGCCAUCGUGGACCCCUACAACAACCCCGUCCCCCGAGGCCUGGAGGCCUUCACCGUGGGCCUGGUGGUCCUGGUCAUCGGCACCUCCAUGGGCUUCAACUCCGGUUAUGCCGUCAACCCUGCCCGGGACUUUGGGCCCCGCCUCUUCACUGCCAUCGCGGGCUGGGGCUCGGAAGUCUUCACGACUGGCCGCCACUGGUGGUGGGUGCCAAUCGUCUCCCCACUCCUGGGCUCCAUUGCGGGAGUCUUCGUGUACCAGGUCAUGAUCGGCUGCCACCUGGACCUGCCUCCACCCUCCACUGAGCAGGAGAAUGUGAAGCUGGCCCACGUGAAGCACAAAGAGCAGGUCUGAGUGGGCAGGGGCCAUCCCUCCGCCCCUCUUCCGGGAGCAUCCACUGACUGUGCAGGGGCUGCUCCCUAGAAGCCCCCUUCAUGAUUCCCCUCCCAGGCUAAGAAGCUCCUAGUCUGCCUCCACCCACUGGACAGCCCCCUCCAGGAUUUUCUACCAGACUCUGCCCAGAUAGGACUUUAGUCCUUAAACUGUGGUGGGACAGGGUGUAGGGCCAACAUAACUCUUUGUAUCCCAAAGGGAGGGAAUGGGCAGUGGGUGUGUGAGCGUGUGUGCAUGUGCCUGUGUGUUUUCCCAGAUAUUCAGGGCAAGGGAACAAGUAGAAUGGAUUCUAGCUGUGAGGGGAGCCUAAAGGAAAGGGACAGUGAUGUAUCCACCUGUGAGUGAGGAAAGUGCUGGGGGUCUGCAUGUUUCAGGGGCUCCAUGUGGAGGAGUGUCCAGAUAUAUGUAUUUCUGAGUAUGUGUGUAUCUGCCCUGUUUUCCAAGCACGGGCUUAGGGGAGGCUUUGGGGGAGGUAG